AGAGAGAGGCAGAGAGAGAGAAUCCAUUGGUUUAGGUUUGGACUGACUUGACAGGUUCAGUUGGAGCCGAUCAUAGGUGGCUACUGUGACAAAGGGAAAUCGUGCUUUUCCAGCAUGCUUACUGACCCUGAUUUACCUCAGGAGUUUGAGAGGAUGUCUUCCAAGCGACCAGCCUCUCCGUAUGGGGAGACAGAUGGAGAGGUAGCCAUGGUGACAAGCAGACAGAAAGUGGGAGAGGAGGAGAGCGAGAGGCUCCCAGCCUUUCACCUUCCCUUACAUGUGAGUUUUCCCAACAAGCCUCACUCUGAGGAAUUUCAGCCAGUUUCUCUGCUGACGCAAGAGACUUGUGGUCCUAGGACCCCCCCUGCUCAGCGCAACACAAUGGAAGUCGAUGGCAAUAAAGUUAUGUCUUCAUUAGCCCCAUACAACUCAUCUACCUCACCUCAGAAGGCAGAAGAUGGUGGGCGACAGAGUGGCGAGUCCGUGUCUGGCACAGCCCUGGGAACUCCGGAGCGGCGCAAGGGCAGUUUAGCGGAUGUGGUGGACACCUUAAAGCAGAGGAAAAUGGAAGAGCUCAUCAAGAAUGAGCCCGAAGAUACACCCAGUAUUGAAAAGCUACUCUCAAAGGACUGGAAAGACAAGCUCCUGGCAAUGGGAUCAGGGAACUUUGGAGAAAUAAAAGGGACUCCGGAGAGCCUUGCUGAGAAGGAACGACAGCUCAUGGGGAUGAUCAACCAGCUGACCAGUCUGCGAGAGCAACUCCUGGCUGCCCACGAUGAGCAGAAGAAACUGGCUGCCUCGCAGAUAGAGAAGCAGCGCCAGCAGAUGGAAUUGGCCAAGCAGCAGCAGGAGCAGAUCGCGAGGCAGCAGCAGCAGCUUCUGCAGCAACAACACAAAAUCAACUUGCUUCAGCAACAGAUCCAGCAGGUUCAAGGUCAGCUGCCGCCAUUGAUGAUCCCUGUGUUCCCUCCUGACCAGCGGACCCUCGCUGCAGCUGCCCAACAAGGGUUCCUCCUUCCUCCUGGCUUCAGCUACAAGGCUGGGUGCAGUGACCCUUACCCUGUUCAGCUGAUCCCAACCACCAUGGCAGCUGCCGCUGCAGCGACCCCAGGCUUAGGCCCACUCCAGCUGCAGCAGUUCUAUGCUGCCCAGCUAGCCGCAAUGCAGGUUUCUCCAGGAGGGAAGCUCCUAGGCCUACCCCAAGGCAACCUUGGUGCUGCCGUGUCUCCUACCAGCAUUCACACAGACAAGAGCACAAACAGUCCACCACCCAAAAGCAAGGAUGAGGUGGCACAGCCACUGAACCUAUCAGCUAAACCCAAGACCUCGGAUGGCAAAUCACCCACAUCACCCACCUCUCCCCACAUGCCAGCUCUGAGAAUAAACAGUGGAGCGGGCCCCCUCAAAGCCUCUGCCCCGGCAACGUUAGCUAGUCCUUCAGGAAGAGUUAGCACAAUAGGUUAUUUAAAUGACCAUGAUGCUGUCACCAAGGCAAUCCAAGAAGCUCGACAGAUGAAGGAGCAGCUCAGGCGGGAGCAGCAGGCGCUGGACGGGAAGGUGGCCGUAGUGAAUAGCAUAGGUCUCAACAACUGCCGGACAGAAAAGGAAAAAACAACACUGGAGAGUCUGACUCAGCAACUGGCGGUGAAGCAGAGUGAAGAAGGGAAGUUUAGCCAUGGAGUGAUGGAUUUCAACAUGAGUGGGGACUCAGACGGAAGUGCCGGAGUUUCAGAGUCAAGAAUUUACAGGGAAUCUAGGGGGCGUGGGAGCAACGAGCCCCACAUAAAGCGUCCAAUGAAUGCCUUCAUGGUGUGGGCGAAAGAUGAACGGAGGAAAAUCCUUCAGGCUUUUCCUGACAUGCACAAUUCCAACAUCAGCAAGAUACUGGGGUCUCGCUGGAAAGCUAUGACUAACCUAGAGAAACAGCCAUAUUACGAGGAGCAGGCUCGCCUCAGCAAGCAGCACCUGGAGAAGUACCCAGACUAUAAGUACAAGCCCAGACCUAAGCGCACCUGCUUGGUGGACGGCAAGAAGCUUCGCAUCGGGGAGUACAAGGCCAUCAUGCGGAACCGGAGGCAGGAAAUGCGACAGUACUUCAAUGUUGGGCAACAAGCACAGAUUCCCAUUGCGACCACUGGAGUUGUGUACCCUGGAGCCAUUGCCAUGGCGGGAAUGCCAUCCCCUCACCUGCCCUCAGAGCACUCGAGUGUGUCCAGCAGCCCAGAGCCUGGGAUGCCCUUGAUUCAGAGCACUUACAGUGUGAAGGGAGAGGAGCCUCACAUCAAAGAGGAGAUUCAGGCUGAGGACAUCAACGGAGAGAUUUACGAUGAGUAUGAUGAGGAAGAAGAUGACCCAGAUGUGGAUUAUGGGAGUGACAGCGAAAACCAUAUCGCGGGACAAGCCAACUGAUAAGGGCCAACAGACUGUUGCGUGGCGAGCCGAGGACUUAAAGAAGCCCUAGCUGCUCCAUCCUUACCAGUGGCCAAGCACAUUAACUUUCUCAUACACUGACUGUUAUUUGAACUGUUAGUCUUAAAUAGUUGGGACAUCAGCUGACAAAUAGACCUCAGCCUCAAAAGGCUCGGAAAGGAAACAAUUUCCAAGCAGACAACAUCAACAAGAGAUUGAAAUAAGCUAUGGGUAAAACAAAGCCAGUAACUCAGCUGCUAGACCCCAGCACUGAAGUCUCACCCGUCAACUUUUUUUUUUUUUUAAUAAACUUUAUGGCUGUUUGUUCUAUAA